CCACUGUCUCUCUCUGUAGAGGUGUAGCGGUUGGGCCUGUGUGCUCCUCAGGCUCCAGAGAGGAUGAAGAGGUUUAGGAGACCUGGCCAGGAGUCCCAGAGAGACCGGAUCAAACAGGAGCUCUACGGGUUCAACAAGGUAAGAGCAGUGACAGUCAGUCUGAUCUGACAAGGCUUUGAUAUCUAAUCUCUACAGUAAGGCAAUGAUCCCAAUUCCAGACAAUUUUCAGGGGAUUUGUCCUGCCAGUUUCUAUAAUUCUCCCUCUCUCACUCAGACGGUGGAGCAUGGUUUUCCUCACCAGCCCAGUGCUCUGGGCUUCAGCCCCAGUCUACAGCUCCUGGCCAUCGGCACACGCUCCGGAGCCAUCAAACUGUAUCCUUCAAUAGACACAGAGGGAGAGGUCUGUCUGGUUGUGUAGGAGUGCAGGAUUUAAGUGUUAACACGUUUGAACAAGUUUGUCUCAGAGUUGCCCUCUGCUUUAGCUGUCUGUGGUUAGUGUGUAGUUAUCUUAUAUUCCCAGGGUAUUGCUCAACUCUGGCUGUACCAGACGGACACAGUUGGUGUGUCUGUGUAUCUCUGUUAUAGUGUGUGUUUGAUUCAUCUUACACAAUCGUGCUCUUUGACAGUGUGGAACCAGUCAGUACACUCCCCAUUCACUCCGUCACUAUGAAGACCCUUGUCUCUGUCAUUAGAAUUAAUUCACACAAUAGGGGAAAUUGUUCUUUUGAUAACACAAGAAGGAAAUUCUAUGAAUAAAAGUAUUAUUAGCCAAGGGCAGGGCAGUGUAAUAAGACACAAAGAAAGACAGAACAGAACAUCUCUUAUUUCUAUAGAUGCAUGUGGACCCUUUCAGUACAGUAGAAAAAUAAGAACCUGUGUGUGUAUGUCUAUGAAUUGGUGGGGGGGGGGGGGCUCUGUGUACAUCAUGCAUUGUGUGUGUGUCUGUAUUUGCUGCGCAUGUGUGUACACAGUAAGUGUGUGUGUUGGUGCGCUAUGCUGUGUGUGUGUAUUCUUUAACCUGUGGUCAGUUAUGGUGGCCCAGGUGUAGAGUUCAUGGGUCUACACGAUGAGAACGCUGCCGUCACACAGGUCCACUUCCUACCACACCAGGUGAGUGGCUACUCAACACGCACACGGUGGCAGCACCUUAUCACAUGCGCCAUUCACACCUGCUACUGAAAUGAUCUUCUUAAAUCGGGCAGGACGAUAUGGCCAAAAUAUAUCAUAUAUAUUUUUAUUUUUUUGACUGAAUUUAAUGUUUUGGAAUAAUACCAUUUCUAAAUUUGCUUUAUGAGUAGUGCGUUACCCUACGGUGGCAACACAUACAAGUGAUUUCAAUGGGGCUUUCUCCAUUCUGAUUUGUUUUAUACUGUUCAAUUCAACUUCAACCUAAAAUAAUUUCCAUACAUUUCUGCAUUUCCUGCACUAAUUUGAGGUCAUUUCCAUACUGCCACGUAAGGCUGCAUGAUAUGGGAAAACAAUCUAUGCCUUAUUUUUAACUAAAUGCUGCAAUUGCGAUUUAGCGCAAAACACUUGGGUGAACUGUUGGAAUCAUGGAACUUGAAUGAUUAUUGUAAUUCUAUAGUUAGAAUGUAAUAGUGGGCACUUUGAAUACAGUGUUUGACAUGACAACGAAUUAAAAUGCCAGGAGGAGUUAUUGUGACCGGGUAGGAACCUAAGUGUUUCCUAGGGGACGCUAUAAUCUUUAGCUACAUUGAAUGUUUUCUCUUAGGAACUUCAUGUAGCUAACAUAUUCAUGCUUCGCAUAUUCCUCUUUGAUUUAGAAGAUACUGUUGCACAAACAACAUACUGAUUUAGGUCAACACCAUCACUGGUAUUGUCAGGCUGUAUAGCUAGUUACGUUUGCUCCGACUCAGUACAUUUAUUUGCUAGCUAGCCAGCUAACUAGCGAUUAGCAUUUGCGGCUAACAGGAUUUAGGCCCAACUUGCUAAGAAAAGACAAACCAGCCUUUUGCAGAUGUAAGAAACACAAGCUAAUAGUGUCAUUAUAGAACGUUAGUGUAUUUAUAUUAAAAACCAAAGUGAAAACAGCAUCGUUGUCAACAUUGUUGCAUGUGCUGCAUUAACCAUGCAGACUGAAUGCAAGUCUGUCGUGGUCGAGAAACAGCAAAUGUGCUCCUUGAGUGACGGGACAGUGCUAGUUCUGUGUGGAAAGCAGCAUGGAGAGAGAGUGGAGAGAGAUGACUCAAGUAGCGGAGUAAACUAUAAAAAUGGACGUUACACACGGCGUAUCACAUUUAACAAACCAAACAUUCAAAUACUGUUAUAGAAAGUAACAUCAAAACCCAAACCGGUCCGUGCAUCAAUACUGGUAUAUCAUAAAAUACGGUAUACCGCCCAGCCCUAGAAUCCAAUAUGUGGAUCUGAUCAUUGCUGGAAAUGUUAGUAGUAAAGCUGUGGCUAACGUCCCAAAAACAUCCUCCUAAUUGCCCCAAAACGUCCUCCUGACAGUCUCAUAACAUCCCAAUAACGUGUUCCUAACGUCCUUAUGUCCUCCUAAUGUCCUUUUAACAUCUGGUUGCUCUGUGUUGAACAGGUGGAGCUGGUGACUCUGUUGGAUGACAACAGUCUCCACAUGUGGACCCUCAGAGCUCACCAUGGCGUCUCUGAGCUGCUGGAGAUAGGACGCUUCACGCUCACUGGACCCCCGGGGUGAGAGACACACACACUACACCCCACCACCUCCCAACUUCUCUCCUACCCCUUCUCAAGCUUUCUUUCUUUCUAUUUUCCUCACACACUCGCACUCAUUGGAGUGCCACGGUAAGAGACGCACUGUGUGACAUGCACAGAACUAUAGUGGGAUUCUAUUUCUAUGGUGACAUGCACACAUUCAAUGGCAAACACGUAUGCACCUUGAAUGUUAUUUUUCUGUCUGCCAGAUUCAACCUGUUAACUUUAUCCUAUCUUUCUCUCUAUUUACCGCUUUCUCGUUCCCUCAAUCAGUGCUCCCCCCAGUGUAACUUGUGUAACAGCGGUGCUAGCCCACUCUUCUGGGGACCUGUUGUUGCUAGGAACAGAGGGAGGACACGUGUUCAUAGUGAAGGUACCAGGCUUCAGAGAACUAGAGGAGAGGAACAUCAGCCUGGAGAAAGUCACCAACAGGUACACACACCACACACACUUCCUUUCAUUGAGUUACUAAAUUGGAAAUUUUGUUAUCCUAAACAGAUGGAAACAACUAUUGAUUCAUGUUAAAAUGCUUCCCACACACACACAAACGUAUUUGAUCGAUAAUUAUGCUAAAACAGUACCCCCUCAUUCUGUAGUGUACCAGAGGAGUAUGGAGGUCGUAGGAGCCUGGAGCAUGUCGAGUCCUUACAGGAGAAUCCCGUCAACCCACGCCAGGUUCUGAUUGGCUACGGACGAGGCCUCAUGGUCAUCUGGGACCUGGACAGCCAAUCAGCCGUCAAACACAUCCCUGCUACACAGGUAUACAGUGUGUGUGUCUGUGUGUUGGUGUCUGGAUGUCGAGGGCUCUGAUCUUGACUCCUUGUUUGGUUGUGCGUCCAUAGCAACUGGAGAGCGUGUGGUGGACGGAGGACGGCGGCCAUGUUCUCAGUUCCCAUAGCGAUGGCAGCUACUGCCGCUGGAAGGUGGCUGGGGAUGACCCACAGAGCGAGCAGGAGAUGUCCGAAGUACCGUACGGUGAGGACCCCCAAAAAGUCAACAGCACGUUUCUCUCUGUGGAAGCUGACAAAACACAGCGACUGGGAUAAUGUUAUUGAUUGAAUGCUGAGUAGGUUAAUUGAUGAUUGAUCAAUGGAUUUGAUGAUUUCUCUCUCCUCUGUGUAGGCCACUUCCCCUGUAAGGCCAUCUCUAAAAUCAUCCAACUGCUGACAGAACAGGGGUGAGUGACUCUCUCUUUUUCUCGUCCUGCUCUGUCAACCCACAUUUCUCCAUUGUUACACAUGAACCCAUCUGCAAAUGUCUUCUAACCUGGCUCUCCUUUUCCUGUAUGUCUAUAUCCAGGCCUCCGUUCCUGUUCUUCAGUGGUGGCAUGCCCAGGGCCAGCUACGGAGACAGACACUGUAUCAGUGUGAUCCACAGUAAAACACACGUGGCUCUGGACUUCACCUCCAGAAUCAUCGACUUCUUUGUCAUCAGAGACGGUCCAGAUCAUACAGGUAGAAAGGCAGGGGGAUACGUGCACACACAGGUUCAGAAACACACACCGGUUCAGAAACACACACGCAGUCUAACCCCUCUCGUUCUGUCCAGGCGAACCCAAUGCGUUGGUGGUCUUAGUAGAAGAGGAGUUGGUAGUGAUCGAUCUCCAGACUGAGGGGUGGCCAGUCAUCCAGACUCCGUACCUGGUGCCUCUCCACUGCUCUGCCAUCACCUGCUCACACCAUGUCUCUGCUAUACCCCUGAAGCUGUGGGAGAGGGUCCUGUCUGCCGGAGCAUUGCAGAACACACACUACUCUAAGAAGGUAGGUGACACGCACUGCUCAAGCAAGUUCCUGCACCACACACACUCAAAAUUGCACUCCACACUGCCCUCACCCACCUAGAUAAGAGGAAUACCUAUGUGAGAAGGCUGUUCAUUGACUACAGCUCAGCGUUCAACACCAUUGUCUCCUCCAAGCUCGUCACCAAGCUUAGGAUCCUGGGUCUGAACACCUCCCUCUGCAACUGUAUCCUGGACUUCCUGACAGGCUGACCCCAGGUGGUGAGGGUAGACAACAUCAGCUCCACCACGCUGACCCUCAACACGGGGGCCCCACAGUGCUUAGUCCCCUUCUGUAAUCCCUGUUCACCCACGACUGUGUGGCCAUGCACGACACCAACACAAUUAAGUUAGCUGACGACGCAACGGUGGUAGGCCUGAUCACCGGCGACGAUGAGACAGCCUACAGAAGGGAUCAUCAACUACAGUCAGCCGCGGGCCAAUUUGUUCUUCAGCGGAUGGUCAGGGAGGCCUGAAAACAAUCACAAAUAAUUUGUAGACUGCAAAUUGACCGCAAGAAGCCCGAACAGAUAUGUUUGACUAAAACAUAAUCAUUUCAAACCUUGCUUACAUUUGUAUAUGAUCACGUGUCUCUCUAUUAUGCGUGGGAAUAUUUGGGAACGGAUUUCUUAAAUUGAAAUCACUUGGAGCUGAUUUCCUGGUGUUUCUUUACGGUCUUUUAUGUCCUACAAUAAAACCACUGCCGCCAGUUGGGGAACCCUGGCCUAAAGGGACGAGGUCAGUGACCUGGCAGUGUGGUGCCAGGACAACAACCUUUCCCUCAAUGUCAUUAGACCAAGGAGCUGAUCGUGGACUAUGGGAAACGAGGGGUCGAGCACACCCCCAUCCAUAUCGAUGGGGCUGCAGUAGAGCGGGUCGAGAGCUUCAAGUUCCUCUGUGUCCAAAUCACUAAGGACUUAAAAUGGUCUGCACACAGUCGUGAAGAAGGCGCGACAUCCCUCAAAUCGUUAUACAGUAGCACCAUUGAGAGCAUCUUGACUGGCUGCAUCACUGUUUGGUAUGGCAACUGCACCGCCCUCAAUCGCAUGGUGCCGCAGAGGGUGGUACGGACAGACCAGUACAUCACUGGGGCCGAGCUCCCUGCCAUCCAGGACCUCUAUAUCAGGUGGUGUGAAAGGAAGGCCCGGAGAAUUGUUCAAGACUCCAGCCACUCAAGCCAUAGACUGUUCUCUCUGUUUCUGCAUGGCAAGCAGUACCAGAGCAACACGUCUGCCACCAACAUGCCCCUGCCAACAGGCCCCAAGCCAUAAGACUGCUAAAUAACUAACAAAAUGGCUACAUGGACGAUCUGCAUUGACCCUUCUAUUUUAUAAAAAUGUUUGCACUGACUCUAUGCACAUGCACAUGACUCUACGCUCACUCACACACAUACUUAAUUUGCUCACACACACACUCACAUAGUCAUCAUAUAUGCUUCUGCUACUCUGUUUAUCAUACUGUAUAUCCUGAUGCCUAGUCACCUAACCCGUAUACAUAUAUAACCCUACCACUCCAGUAUCCCUGCACAUUGUAAAUAUGGUAUUGGCACUGACCCUGUAUAUAGCUAGCCUGCUUUGUGUUCUUAUUUCUAUUUCUGGUGUGUUUUUCUUCUACGUUACUUUAUUUUAUAGUACUACUGAUAUUGAUUACUGCAUUGUUGGAAAAGCGCUUGCAAGAAAGGCAUUUAUAAUAAUACACUGCUCAAAAAAUAAAGGGAACACUAUAAUAACACAUCCUAGAUCUGAAUGAAUGAAAUAAUCUUAUUAAAUACUUUUUUCUUUACAUAGUUGAAUGUGCUGACAACAAAAUCACACACAAAUUAUCAAUGGAAAUCAAAUGUAUCAACCCAUGGAGGUCUGGAUUUGGAGUCACCCUCAAAAUUAAAGUGGAAAACCACACUACAGGCUGAUACAACUUUGAUUUAAUGUCCUUAAAACAAGUCAAAAUGAGGCUCAUUAGUCUGUGUGGCCUCCACGUGCCUGUAUGACCUCCCUACAACGCCUGGGCAUGCUCCUGAUGAGGUGGUGGAUGGUCUCCUGAGGGAUCUCCUCCCAGACCUGGACUAAAGCAUCCGCCAACUCCUGGACAGUCUGUGGUGCAACGUGGCGUUGGUGGAUGGAGCGAACCAUGAUGUCCCAGAUGUGCUCAAUUGGAUUCAGGUCUGGGGAACAGGCGGGCCAGUCCAUAGCAUCAAUGCCUUCCUCUUGCAGGAACUGCUGACACACUCCAGCCACAUGAGGUCUAGCAUUGUCUUGCAUUAGGAGGAACCCAGGGCCAACCGCACCAGCAUAUGGUCUCACAAGGGGUCUGAGGAUCUCAUCUCGGUACCUAAUGGCAGUCAGGCUACCUCUGGCGAACACAUGGAGGGCUGUGCGGCCCCCCAAAGAAAUGCCACCCCACACCAUGACUGACCCACCGCCAAACCGGUCAUGCUGGAGGAUGUUGCAGGCAGCAGAACGUUCUCCACGGCGUCUCCAGACUCUGUCACGUCUGUCACGUGCUCAGUGUGAACCUGCUUUCAUCUGUGAAGAGCACAGGGCGCCAGUGGCGAAUUUGCCAAUCUUGGUGUUCUCUGGCAAAUGCCAAACGUCCUGCACGGUGUUGGGCUGUAAGCACAACCCCCACCUGUGGACGUCGGGCCCUCAUACGACCCUCAUGGAGUCUGUUUCUGACCGUUUGAGCAGACACAUGCACAUUUGUGGCCUGCUGGAGGUCAUUUUGCAGGGCUCUGGCAGUGCUCCUCCUGCUCCUCUUUGCACAAAGGCGGAGGUAGCAGUCCUGCUGCUGGGUUGUUGCCCUCCUACGGCCUCCUCCACGUCUCCUAAUGUACUGGCCUGUCUCCUGGUAGCGCCUCCAUGCUCUGGACACUACGCUGACAGACACAGCAAACCUUCUUGCCACAGCUCGCAUUGAUGUGCCAUCCUGGAUGAGCUGCACUACCUGAGCCACUUGUGUGGGUUGUAGACUCCGUCUCAUGCUACCACUAGAGUGAAAGCACCGCCAGCAUUCAAAAGUGACCAAAACAUCAGCCAGGAAGCAUAGGAACUGAGAAGUGGUCUGUGGUCACCACCUGCAAAGCAGUCCGUUAUUGGGGGUGUCUUGCUAAUUGCCUAUAAUUUCCACCUGUUGUCUAUCCCAUUUGCACAACAGCAUGUGAAAUGUAUUGUCAAUCAGUGUUGCUUCCUAAGUGGACAGUUUGAUUUCACAGAAGUGUGAUUGACUUGGAGUUACAUUGUGUUGUUUAAGUGUUCCCUUUAUUUUUUUGAGCAGUGUAUAAUAAUAUGCCAUUUAGCAGACGCUUUUAUCCAAAGCGACUUACAGUCAUGUGCGCAUACAUUUUUACGUAUGGGUGGUCCCGGGGAUCAAACCCACUACCCUGGCGUUACAAGCGCCAUGCUCUACCAAUUGAGCUACAGAUGACCUACAUUUAGCUACACUUCACUGUACUUGUGCAUGUGAAAAUACAAUCUGGGAGCUGGAAACUUGAAUUGAUGGAGCACAUUGAAUUGACCUAAAUUCUUUCUCUCGCAUUCAUCCAAUUUUUGCACCCCUCCCUUCUCUCUCCCUCCGUCCAGCCUUGGCCUAUGACAGGAGGACAGAACCUGGCUCCAGACCCUCCUCAGAGAGACCUACUGCUCACAGGGUCAGUAGACAGUCACAGCUCGUUCAUUUCUUUUCAGAGACUUCAUUUCAAUACAACUUAAUGAUCUACAUUUAAUGUUGCUAUGUGGAGACGGCGAACAGGGUUUCAAAUAGUUAGUCAUGUUUUUGUUCCCCUGAUUUUGUUGAUCCUCACAAAUGUAAUCUCCUCCCUCCACCUCCUCACAGGCACGAGGACGGUACGGUGCGUUUCUGGGACGCGUCGGGGGUGUGUCUGUACCCAAUGUACAAGCUGAGCACGGCAGGGGUGUUCCUCACUGACGCAGACCCCAAUGAAAACAUGAACCAGGGCACAGAGGGAGAGUGGCCACCUUUCAGAAAGGUCUGUGUGUGUAUAAAUAACAUGUAAAGAGUUACCACCAUUCGGAUGUGUGUAUAUUCACAUACAGGGAGCACAAAGGUAAAGUGGAGUCACUGUAGAAAAGGUGUAGGUGUGUUUUGUGAGAAAAUGUGUCUAGUGAAUCAGAAUAGCGAGACGGUGUAUUAAACAUGUCCCUCUUCUCCCCCCAGGUGGGUUGUUUUGACCCGUACAGUGACGACCCUCGUCUGGGCGUUCAGAAGAUCCACCUGUGUAAAUACAGCGGCUACCUGACUGUAGCUGGCACCGCUGGACAGGUGAGUUUACCAGUGGAAAACCAACCGCUACUCCCUCUAGUGGCCAGUUAGCCUAAGUGCUGUGUUGGACAUUUUUGGACAUUACCGGUAUAAUAUAAUAAUAUGCCAUUUAGCAAUCCAGUCUGUUGUUUUGGUCUUAAUUUUACGUUCUUUGGCACUAUAGAUCUUUGUCCCCCAUGACAAUCUUUUCCUGAGGGUAUUUGGGUCACGGAUGGUCACACAUUCAGUGAAUGGCAUAUUUUCCAGACCCAGUCUGCAUGGUUGCAUAGCUCUCCUAUAGUCAUUAUAUAAUGUAGUGUGAUAAAUAAGCCACCUCCUUUAAUCAGAAUGUGUGGAAAUUAAAUGUAAUCUCUCAUUCUUUAUAGAGCACUGGAUCAUCAGUGGGAAGUAUCUUAUUCCCCCCUUUUAUAUUAUCAGCUGUCAUUCAUUAUAAAAGAGGGUGGUCUGAUUUAGUUGGCUGGCACAGAGGCGCACACACACUGAGAAAGAGAGGUGUGAAUGUCUGAGUGGUUCAUAUAAGUGUUUAGAUAAGACUGCCUGUUGGUCCAAAACAAUAAAUGUAAUGUUACGGUCUGUCCUUCUCUCACCUCUCCCCUCCAUAGGUCCUGGUGUUAGAGCUGAAUGACGAGGCAGCAGAACAGACUGUGGAGGCCACCGUAGCAGACCUGCUACAGGGACAGGAGGGCUUCCGCUGGAAGGUAAACGACAACAAACAAGAACUUUACAUUGAGUGUGUGUUUACUGGAUUCUCCGUAAAUACUGCAGUGCAAUUUUGAUUGAAUUGGUUUUCGGUGAGCAUAAAGAAAAGUGAUCAAUACUUUUCUGUAAUAUUCUUUAAUGUUUGUGUAACCAUCUCUCCCUAUCAGGGCCAUACACGUCUGGAGGUGAGGGAGGAGCCGGUGAUGUUCCCCCCAGGUUUCCAGCCCUUUGCCCUGGUCCAGUGUCAGCCUCCGGCCGUGGUCACUGCCCUCACCCUGCACUCUGAGUGGAAACUAGUGACAUUCGGGACCAGUCACGGCUUCGGACUCUACGACUACCAGCAGAAAAACAACGUCCUCGUCAGGUAAGUGUGUGUUUGUGGGGGGGGGGGGGGGGGGGGGGGGGGGGGGGGGUUUAGUGUUUGCAUGUUUCUGCCUGUAUGACUUCAAAAUAACGGAAGGUAACGGAGAUGGUAUAUAGACGUUUGUGUGUGUUAACCCUCUCCUGUCCCUCUCCUGUAGGUGUACUCUGAACCCCAGUGACCAGCUGGCUAUGGAAGGUCCUCUGUCCAGAGUGAAGAGCAUUAAGAAGUCUCUCCGUCAGUCUUUCAGAAGGAUCAGGCGCAGCCGAGUGUCCCUACGCAAACACCACGUCAACAACGCAGCUAAGGUAAACGACAACAAAAAUGUAUUUUUGGGCCAAAAAAAAUGUGACUGCAUAAAUCUUUAAUUGAACAAAGUUCCUAAUGAUCACACCGUUUUUAGUGCAGUCUGCUGCUGCAUUCAUCUCCAACCCAGCGCAUCUCAAACGGGCUUCUCUAUCUCUAGUUGCAGGAGGCUAAUGCUCGUCUAGAGGCAGAGCUAGCUGAGAUGGAGUUGGCGCCCGUCCAGAGAAAGAUAGAGGCUCGAUCCUCUGACGACUCCUUCACCGGCCUUGUACGAACGCUAUACUUCGCUGACACCUUCCUUUCAGACAGUAAGUCACACUGUAACGGUUUUGACUUGACUUUUGAGGUUAGUUUUAGUCAGUGGUAACCAAAAGUACCCAAAUGUCAUACAUGAAAGUCACCCAGUAAAAUACUACUUGAGUAACAGUCUGAAAGUAUUUGGUUUUUAAAUAUACUUCAUUAUCGAAAGUAAAUGUAAUUGCUAAAAUAUACUUAAGUAUCAAAAUAAGUUUAAAUUCCUUAUUAAGCAAACCAGACGGCACCGUUUAUUUUAUUUUGCGGAUAGCCAGGUGCACACUCAGACAUAAUUUACAAACGUAGCAUUUUUGUUUAGUGAGUCCGCCAGAUCAGAGGUAGUAGAUGACCAGGAAUGUUCACUUGAUAAAUGCUUGAAUUUGACCGUUUUCUUGUCCUCCUAAGCAUUCGAAAUGUAACGAGUACUUUUGGGUGUCAGGGAAAAUCUAUGGAGUAAAAAGUAAAUGUAUUUUCUUUAGGAAUGUAGUGGAGUAAAAGUUGUCAAAAAUAUAAAUAGUGAAGUACAGAUACCCCAAAAGACUACUUAAGUAGUACCUCAAAGUAUUUUUACUUAGUUACUUUACACAACUGGUUUUAGUUAGGGGGUGCCAGGUAGCUCGUGCCAGCAGAGAGAUGUUUGAUUUCUCCUUUUUGUUUGUGAUUCGGUCUCAUCUCUGUCAAGUAUAGACCAAUACAAAUGACUCAUGAAAAGUCAGUCGUGGAAUAUAAACUUUUCAUGAACCUGUAACAUUGAAAGAAAUAACUCCAAAACAAUGGUGUUCUUCUGUGUUUUUGUAUUAUCCCAAAAUAAAUGAUUGCACAAACAAUAUCACAGUCACAAAAUAAUAAUAACUUAGGUUCCUCAGGAAACGUCCCUUACCUCUGGCCUAAAAAUAUUUCAAGUGAACCUAUUUGAUCUCAGUCUCUCAAUGUUCAUCAAUAAGCGGUGUGUAAAACCAGUCCCACUCAGAAAACCAUUAACACUUGUUCCACACAACAAUACCAAUUAUUAGGAUUAAAAAUAUAUUAAUCCCCAACAACUCGUAAAUAACCAAACAAAUUCGGAGUAAAUCACAAUGAAAAUAAAUGAAAUACUGUAUGUUAAAAAGUUGUCAGUCGAGUCUGUGAGUCAAUCCGAUCCGACAGUAGAACUCAAGCGGAGAACAACAGAGAUCAACUGAGAUUUGCCUGUCAUUCUAAUCCGUUUAGGAAUGUUUGUGGCGUUUUAGCUUUUGUUGAGACACGGCUAUAGUGCACUUUUGAGAACAAAACAAAAAGGUACAGUGCCUUCAGAAAGUAUUCACACAAGUAUUCACACUUUUUCCACAUUUCGUUGUCUUACAGCGUGAAUUUAAAAUUGAUUAAAUUGAGAUUUUGUGUCACUGGCCUACCCCUUAAUGUCAAAGUGGAAUUAUGUUUUUAGAAAUGUUUACGAAUUAAUUAAAAAAUGAAAAGCUGGAAUGUCUUGAGUCAAUAAGUAUUCAACCCCCUAAUGGCAAAAUAAGUUCAGAAGUUAACAUGUGAUAAGUCCCAAUAAGUUGCAUGGACUCACUCUGUGUGCAAUAAUAGUGUUUAACAUGAUUUUUGAGUCACUAUCUCAUCUCUGUACCCCACACAUACAGUUAUCUGUAAGGUCCCUCAGUCAAGGACGAAUUUCAAACACAGAUUCAACCACAUAGACCAGGGAGGUUUUCCAAUGUCUUGCAAAAAAGGGCACAUAUUGGUAGAUGGGUAAAAAAAAAAGCAGAUAUUGAAUAUCCCUUUGAGCAUGGUGAAGUUAUUAGUUACACUUUAGAUGGUGUAUCAAUAAACCCAGUCAGUACAAAGAUACAGGUGUCCUUCCUAACUCAGUUACGGGAUAGGAAGGAAACCGCUCAGGGAUUUCACCAUGAGGCCAAUGGUGACUUUAAAACAGUUACAGAGUUUAAUGGCUGUGAUAGGAGAAAACUGAGGAUGGAACAACAACAUUGUAGUUACUCCACAAUACUAACCUCAUUCAUCCUGUUUGCAACAAGGCACUAAAGUAAUACUGUAGAAAAUGUGGCAAAGCAAUUUAACUUUUUGUCCUUAAUACAAAGUGUUAUGUUUGGGGCGAAACCAAUACAGCACAUUACUGAGUAGGGCUUAACACCGGUAAUCGGGAUCCCAGGACUGUCCCGGGACCACUCUUCCCGAAAAAUAAAUAAAUGACAAAACCCGGGAAAUUACAACCUUUUCCCCCAAUGUCUCACUGAUGUAAUUCCACAAAAUACACAACAUGCACAGCAGCAGAUUGGUCCAUAAAAAAAAUAGCACAUUAUCCAAACAGGUUGUCCCAUGAAGCCUUCAGCCUAGUGGAUUUACUUCACACAUAAGUCGCCAUAAAUUCAAAGCACAAGCAUAAUUGACACUUCCGGACUGCACAUGAGACCCGAAGGCAGUUUAGAGUUUAUCAGAACUGAAUAUUCGAUCCAGGUCCGACCCAAGCCCGUUGAGCUGAAGCCCGAGCCCUGGUCCGACAUCACAGAAAUUAAAUGAGCCCGAACCUGAAAAAAAGUUCAGAUUUCUAGAAAACAGUAGGCUAUAUUGAUUGAAACUGGUGUUGAGAAUGACGUGGUGGAGGUGGGUGGCAGCGGAGUGAGGAGACGAGGUAACAGCUGUUGGGCCUAGAAAAAGCACAGAGGGAGGAAAACUCACCUUAGUUAUGAUCAACUGAAUAAUGAACAUAUUGGAAUAAAGUAGUUUAAUGCCAUUGAAGGCUUGUAUCAAACCCUUGCUUAUACUGAAACUCCCAAAGUAAUAUCCAAUCGUUACACUAAUUUAAAGCAAUAGUCAAGUGUGGUCACCUAGAUUAUCAUUUCAACACCGUUUUGAUUGGGACAGCGCCAUCGCAAUUCUUUGAGACAAGAGUGGGGGACUCGCCUAGAUAAAGAAAUCAAUGUCAGAUUUUUGUUUUCGCUGAAUCUCCGUUUGAAUAUUUGGUAAUAAUUAGGCUGGGGAAAUGUUAGCUGAGGUGAAUGCUAAUGCUAAUAUUUUAUUCUAGUUUUCUCACAUAUUAGCUGAACAGAACAUUUUCUAGCCUGUUACAGAAGAUGAUUUUGCUCUUCACUCGCGUAGUAGCCUGUCCUACUCCCGGCCAAAAGCCAGUGACUUGUCUGAUAAUCAAUCAAUGUGAUUUUGUUUCACUGAACCUCUGUCUGUAAACUAUAUAUACAAAAAUAUAUUAAAAAGUAUGUGGACACCCCUUCAAAUUAAUGGAUUCAGCUAUUUCAGCCACACCCGUUGCUGACAGGUGUAUAACAUCGAGCACACAGCCAUGCAAUCUCCAUAGACAAACAUUGGCAGUAGAAUGGCCUUACUGAAGAGCUCAGUGACUUUCAAUGUGGCACCAUCAUAGGAUGCCACCUUUCCAACAAGUCAAUUCGUCAAAUUUCUGCCCUGCUAGAGCUGCCCCGGUCAACUGUAAGUGCUGUUAUUGUGAAGUGGAAAUGUCUAGGAGCAACAACGGCUCAGCCGUAAAAUGGUAGGCCACACAAGCUCACAAAACGAGACCGCCAAGUGCUGAAGCGCGUAACACAUAAAAAUCGUCUGUCCUCGGUUGCAACACUCACUACCGGGUUCCAAACUGCCUUUGGAAGCAACGUCAGCACAAGAACUGUUCGUCGGGAGCUUGAUGAAAUGGGUUUCCAUGGCCGAGCAGCCGCACACAAGCCUAAGAUUACCAUGCGCAAUGCCAAGUGUCGGUUGGAGUGGUGUAAAGCUCGCCGCCGUUGGACUCUGGAGCAGUGGAAACACGUUCUCUGGUGUGAUGAAUCACGCUUCACCAUCUGGCAGUCCGACGGACAAAUCUGGGUUUGGCGGAUGCCAGGAGAAUGCUACCUGCCCGAAUGCAUAGUGCCAACUGUAAAGUUUGGUGGAGGAGGAAUAAUGGUCUGGGGCUGUUUUGUCAUGGUUCGGGGAAAUCUUAACGCUACAGCAAUGACUUUCUAAACUAUUCUGUGCUUCUAACUUUGUGGCAACAGUUUGGGGAAGGCCCUUUCCUGUUUCAGCAUGACAAUGACCCAGUGCACAAAGCGAGGUCCAUACAGAAAUGGUUUGUUGAGAUCGGUGUGGAAGAACUUGACUGGCCUGUACAGAGCCCUGACCUCAACCCCAUCGAACACCUUUGGGAUGAAUUGGAAUGUCGACUGCGAGCCAGGCCUAAUCGCCCAAUAUCACUAAUGCUCUUAUGGCUGAAUGGAAGCAAGUUCCCGCAGCAAUGUUCCAACAUCUAGUGGAAAACCUUCCCAGAAGAGUGGAGGCUGUUAUAGCAGCAAGGGGGGGACCAACUUCAUAUUAAUGCCCAUGAUUUUGGAAUGAAAUAUUCAAAGAGCAGGUGUCCACAUACUUUUGGUCAUUUGGUGUAUUUGGUUAAUUGAUCUCUGGCUGGACAAGUAGAAGUGGUAGCUAAUUUAUUCAUUUGCGCAUCUAUCACUGAUCAGAAACAUUUAGCAUGCAAUGCUGUAGCCUAAAUCAAGUGUGUUAUCUAUUGACUCGCAUUAGUAGCCUUAUAUAGAGCCUAGGCUAUUUUCCUAUAGUCCUAAUCCCACUGAAACCCAAAAUCCUGACUCCAGUCUCGCAUGAAAAUUCCUAACUUUAUUCUGUAAUCCAUAGGUUGUAUUAUCAAAGCACAUCUCACCUAUACAUGUCAAAAUACCACUAUAACAUUUUCCCUACUUCUCUGCACUGUCUCCUUUUGCUGCCCAUAUGAGAGCUUCGGUAGAGAAUGUGUGAUCAACAAACUAUUUUUUUUUUUAAACAGUUACCUUGAUAUUUAAGUAAUUUCCUCUUCUCCCCGUUAUUCAUGAGUUGAUUUUGCCAAGUAGGAGAUAUUCUGUCAUUCUUUGGAGAUUAUCUAACAAGCUUAGCAACUUUGGUCUUUUUACUUUUUGGUUGACUGCCGUUACAAAGUUUGUAUGAUUCAACAACGCUAUUGCCUACUCUGGGUGCGUCCUGAGCGCGCUCUGUGUCGAGAUGAGGCGGCAGGUAGCCUAGUGGUUAAGAGCGUUGGGCCAGUAAUCGAAGGGUCGCUGGUUCGAAUCCCCAAGCCGGCUAGGUGAAAAAUCUGUUGGUUUGCCCUUGAUUAUUCCUGUAAAUCGCUCUGGAUAAGAGCAUCUGCUAAAUGACUAAAAUGAAAAAUGAGAUGGCCUAGACCUACUGCAGAAAUGCGCUGAAUUCAUUGAGGAACAUGAUAACGCUCUGAAUUUAUGAUCAGCCUGUUUCGCAAUUCACAAGAAUGUCAUUGGCUAUCAAAGUUACUGAUUACUAAAUAUCAGUUUCACUUGCUAUGAAAUCUUUACAUAGGGGCGCAGCCAAGCCAGCAUUGUGGCUCAAAACCAAUCUUAUUUUGGGAGAACCCUGGCAUAGUGACCAUAUCUUGGUUUUAAAUGCUUUUAAAUGGGCACUUCUGAUUUUCGUGGUAUUUCCUGGGACUCUGGAUAAAUAUGAAUUAUUCCCGCUAUUGAAACUUGGUAGAUUUUCGGAAAAUACGAAUCCCUAUUACUGCAUACCACUCUCCAUAUUUUAAAGCAUAGUGGUGGCUGCUUCAUGUUAUGGGUAUUCUUGUAAUCGUUAAGGACUGGGGAGUUUUUCAGGAUAAAAAAUUAACGGAAUGGAGCUAAGCACAGGCAAAAUCCUAGAGGAAUACCUGGUUCAGUCUGUUUUCCACUAGACACUGGGAGAUUAAUUAACCUUUCAGCAGGACAUUAACCUAAAACAAAGGCCAAAUCUACACUGGAGUUGCUUACCAAGAAGACUGAAUGUUCCUGAGUGGCCGAGUUAGUUUUGACUGCUUGAAAAUCUAUGGCAAUACCUGAAAAUGAUUGUCUAGCAAUGGUCAACAACCAAUUUCACAGAGCUUGAAGAAUUUUGAAAAGAAUAAUGGGCAAAUGUGGCACAAUCCACAUGUGGAAAGCUCUUAGACUUACCCAGAAAGACUCACUGCUUGUAUCGCUGCCAAAGGGGAUUCUAACAUGUAUUGAUUCAGGGGGUUGAAUACUUAUCUAAUUUAGAUAGCAUUUAUGAAAAAUAAAACCUAAAAUAGUAUUUUCUGUAGAUCGUUGAAUUUUUUUUACAAUUACAUCCAUUUGAAUCCCACUUCGUAACACAAAAAAAAGUAAGUGGGUGUUAAUACUUUCUGAAGGCACUGUAUGAACAAGCUUCAGAGCUGAGGGUUUGAAAACUUCCUCUCUGUCACUGUUUUUACGCAGCUGAUAUUGGCUAUUUAAUUGGGAAUUAAAGGGGAAGCGCAGUGUCUGGGGGAGACUCGCUGAGACAGUUCAGAGGUAAAUUCGGGGCCGUCACAACACACACGAGUAGACACCGGGCUAUUAAACGUUUUGUGAUGUCUCAUACUGCUCAUUCCUCUCCUCAUACAGGCUCCCACAACACACCCUCUCUGUGGGCAGGGACCAAUGGGGGAUCAGUAUUCGCCUACCAGCUCCGCCUACCGCCUGUGGAACGCAGAGCAGAGGACCCUGUCACAGCCCACCCUGGUGAGAACACGCAUGUUCUCACACACACGCUGUCUUACACAUCACUCUCUCUUGCCUCCCUUGUCCACACUUCCAUCUCUAAAGAAGUGAGGGAAACUCUGUUUUAACAACAACGGACAAUAAAGCACAAAUAUAUUCUCCCACUCUCUCUGCAGCUAAGGAGAUCCAGUUGAUGCACCGUGCUCCAGUAGUGGGCAUCUUGGUGUUGGACGGCCACGGUUCCCCUCUGCCUGAGCCCCUGGAGGUGGCACACGACCUGGCCCGCUCACCUGACAUGCAGGGUUCACACCACCUACUGGUCAUAUCAGAGGAACAGUUCAAGGUGAGAACCCACACACUGCUGCACGCAUACACACACACACAGACAUCUUACCCACACUCAUCUGAUGAGGGGUUACCUUUUUCCCCCCCAAAGGUUGAUAAAGAAACACAGAAUAUGUUUGUCCUCCAAGACUAUUAAAACAAAUAUUAUACAUUUUUCUCUGUCUCCAGGUGUUCACCCUGCCUAAGGUGAGUGCUAAAAUGAAGUUGAAGCUGACGGCCAUUGACGGCUCGCGCGUGCGCCGGGUGGGCGUGGCCUGGUUUGGCAGCAGCCGAACGGAUGACUACGGCGAGAGUGGCCUCACCGUCCUGACCAAUCAGGGAGACCUCCAUGUUGUGUCGUUGCCGGGGGUGAAAUUGCAGGUCCAGUACCCCUGUAUCCGCAGGGAGGACGUUAGCGGCAUCGCAUCCUGUGUCUUCACCAAGCAAGGACAGGGUAGGACGAGAGACCCACAGUUUAUAAUAAUAAUAAUAUAAUAUAAUAUGCCAUUUAGCAGACUCUUUUAUCCAAAGCGACUUACAGUCAUGCGUGCAUACAAUUUUUUUUUGUGUAUUGGUGGUCCCGGGGAUCGAACCCACUACCAUGGCGUUACAAGCGCCGUGCUCUACCAGCUGAGCUACAGACUUUCCUACAGACUUUCCCAUAAAACCCUGAAGUGGCACACACACACUCAAACUUAAAAACCUCAAUGCAUGCCUUCCUCAUCCGCACCUCUUUUCCUCUCCAAUCUGAAAGGUGUUAGCUAGCUACGGCACACAAGUUGUGGUCCAUUCAAGGGUGAGAAGCUCAGUCUGAAUAAGUUUAACUGAAGUGCCCCCCCCCCCCCCAACCACCCGGUUUACCUCUCACAAACAUUUUACAUUUCAUGUAUUCAGCUCUUUCAUUCCUCCCUCUUUCUCAUGCCAUCCAUUUUUCUUCCUUGCACUCUUUCUCAUUUCUCCCUCAGGUUUCUACCUGAUCUCUCCAUCAGAGUUUGAGCGUUUCUCUCUGUCCGCUCGCUGUGUGGUGGAGCCCCGGUCUCUAGUGGAGGUGCCCUCCCAGACACCCACCACCACCCUGCCAUGGGCAUCGCCUGACGGGGCCUCUGUGGAGCACAGGUACACACACACUGUUUUUAUAGCUGUAUUCACUAUCGACUUUGGAAGAACUGCUUUUUGACAGAGACUUUUUGACACAACUAACUUUUCAUGUUUUACUGAAGAACUGUGUCUGUCAUUCCAGAAAUUCCACGAGGGACAGCAAUGGCGUGGGUAAGAUCACAAGCUGUUUGUGCCGCUUUAAAGGGCUAAUAUAGUUCUAUCUAUAGCUAUGCAAAUAAUACUAAAACAUGCACGCGUCUAUGCCUAACAGAGUACUUCAGCAAGUGCACAGUAUGACAUGCUCUGUUAGGCUGUUGACCUGUUUGCUUGUGCCCUGUGCUGAUCGGUCUGCGAAAACACGGUCUACACACACUGUGUUAUCAUGCUGUGUGCUUGUGUGUCCUGAUGUGCUGACUGCGUGCUGCGAUGCUGUUCGUUUACAGAGAGCUCUGCUAGACGUGUGAUGGAGCAUGCUUUGCUGAAUGAUGAGAGUGAGUACCUCAGGAACCAACAGACAACCUUAACAUAACUUAACCUUAACCAACUCCAAUAUUUGUGUAUGUGAUCCCUGCGGGGAUUGAACCCACAACCUUGAUGUUGCUAGCGCUAUGCUCAUACCAACUGAGCCACAUCGAUAUGUGUCUGCUUUGACUGUCCUGUUGGCAUCCAGAUGUGUAAACCCGACUAGCAGCCUUGAGUGAUUGUCUGCUACAUAGCGAACCACAACCAUCCCAUUGCAUGUUUCAUGAUGACCAUCUCAACUCAUGGCAACUCAUGUCAGUCAUCAUUGUGUAUUUGUGGUCUGACGUGUGUUUUCUUACAGCUGUGCUUCAGGAGAUCCAGAAAUCUCUAGAAGUCGAUCAGACGUGAGUAUUCACCUCUGAAACAACUACAAGCGUUGUUUUUCAGUGUGUUAUGUGGGGACUCAUUUGCGUGUUUUUGCUACAGGACAUUCCUGGAGAAUGGGACGAGUGCUCUCGCUGGAGGGAAGGUGCUGAGCAAUGGAGGUCAGUUUGUUAUGAUCAGUAUCAUCAGUAUAAAUCUGGAGGAAUAUGAUGAAUAUCACAAUAGUGAUUACUAUGGUGAUGGAAUUGAGGUUGUUCAUUGUUGGUUCGCUCAUCUCUUGUUUUGUCUUUCUCUCUUUUUCCUUUUCUUCAGACUGAGCCAGUCAUCCCUGUGCCUGAGACAUCGUGGAGUCUGCCUAGCGACUCCUGCCUCGCAAACUACGCCAACACUACUAUUACUACCACUACUGACCACUGGGGCCCCUAUCCCCCAGAGACUCACCCCUGACCCCUAGCCUGAGAGGCUGAACCCUGGCCCCUAACCCCAAAGACUGACUCACUGGCUGUGUCACAAAUGGCACUCUAUUCCCCAAGUGGUGCACUGCUUUUAACCAAAGCCCAUAUAAGGUGAUUGGUGUAGUGUAUGAGGAACAGGGUGUCAUUUGAGGCCCACCUCUAUGGAGAGAUGGAGGGACCACCGCCUGUGCCUAGGGACCAACCACUGUACUGUAAUACCCCUGCUACGCUUGGUACCUCUACACCUGCCACACAUUAGUAAUGGUAAUAUGGUCAUUCUGCUGACGGGCUUAUCCAAAGCCACUUACAGAUCUCUCACACACAAGCCAUAGUUGCAUUAAACACACCCUACUCACUCACUCACUCACCCCCUCUUCACGUUCCCUCCUCAUCCAGAGCCCAGUCACGGCAUUCACCCUUGAACCCAAGCUGACCUGUGAAACUCUGAUUUGUCCAGUAACAACCCUGUCUCUGCACAUCCUCGCUUGCCUUAGUCUCCUAGAGGGAGACACACAGGGGAGGGGGAGAUAUAGGGAGGAGGGGAUGGACAUGUUUUUUAUUCCUAUCAUUCUUUUAUUUGUAAUUUAAUUUUACCUGUGAUUUUGUAACUUUUUGUUUUGAUUCUGUGUAAUUAUUGGAGAUUUAAAAUCUAGAUGGAUGGAAAAACUGUACAAGGGAGCCAAUAAUUUUUUUAUUUUUUUUACCAGUUUGAUUUAGUUUGUUGCCUAUGCUGACAAGGCAUUGUUUGGCGUGAGCAAGCAACAUGGAGUAUCUGUGGAAUCAGAACUGUUCAUUUUGAACCACACAAGGUAGUAGAACGCCAGCCUGGUAGGCAGACCUAUUGUUGCUUUUGCUAACUUUAGCCAACUCAGAAACAGAUCUGACUACCAGACUAGUAGUAUAAGACCACUGUGCCAUAAAAAUGUCUCCCCAAGCUUUUGUUGCUAACUUACCUCUCCCUUCUUACCUCCCCUACCGUCCGCUCGUUAAUGUGUAAUAACCAGUUAUAACCUGUCGUAGGUAUUUGUCCUGUGUAGCACAUCAUGCUACAACUUUCGAUGGGGGCUUGGUUUUACAUUUUUUAUAAUGUAAGCCCUUUUCUGAACACAGCAAUGAAUAAUGUAAUUUAGGAAUGUAAUUUUAAGAUAUCGUAGUCAAAUGUUUAAUAUAUAUGUACUAUAUUAUUCUCUGCCUUUGUUAACGGUUGGGUGUAUUUUAAUGGGGGUUGGCUGCUAUAGUCGGAUGUUACAACAAAAUAUUUUGGUACUGUUUCUUGAAAUGCUGGGUAUUUUAGCAUUUUUGUGGUCUACUCUAGAAUAUAUUUUUGUAGUGAAUGAUUGAGUAUGAGAACCCUACUUUUUUGAUUGAUAACUUUCACACUACAUAAUGUCCUACUGGAAAAUGAAUACAUGUUUUUCACAAGA